AUGGCCCAACAAUUCUCAGUCAUAAUAUCCACCACCCUCACCCUCCUCGAACAAUUCCAAGCCACCCUCGCCUCGCCCACAACCGCAACAGCAACAGCACAAGGCACUCAACCGCAAACGCCAUCCAAAGACACAGACACAGAAGCAGCCGCAAACGCCCUGCCCCUCCUGUCAAACUCCGCUGCUGCACUUAGAGCCCAAGUGACCAAGCUCUCGCUGCUGGCUAUCACGGCGCCUUUCACGCAUUCUGCCGUUAGCACGGUGCUACGCGCAUGCAAUGAGUCUGUCCUCCCAUCGCUGGUUACGGCUGCGCUGCUCGUGACGCCGGCUGGGUAUACGAAGGCUUUUUAUUCGGAGGUUCUUGUGCUGACCAAGAGGGCCUUGGUGGAAUUCGCUACACUAGUGAAGGGUGUGAAGGGGAUUGCUGAUAAGAAGGAUUCGGCGAAGAAGGAGGACCCUAAGAAGAAGGAGGAGGGGAUUUCGAAGGCGGAGAAGGAUGGUGUUACUGUUGCUGUGGUAAGGGGGGUUGUGGGAUUUGUGAUGCGUCGGGUUGAGCAGUGGCGUGAUCUUGUGAGGGAUGCUGUUGAGGAACUUGAGGAUUGGGAUCCUGAGGAGGAUGAUGAGUUCUUUGAUGAAUUGAUGGGGGAGGACAAGGAUGGCGGUUCUGAUAGUGAUGAUGAGGAUGGGGAUGAGGAGGAUACUGCUGCGCUGCAGGAGCAGAAAAAGUCGACGCUCCGUUUCCUCAAACCCGUUGCGCAGGUCUAUCCUGCCAUUCUUACCUACCGUCUUAAGAAUGCUGGAGAUAAGCCCUUGUCUUCGGCGGCUGGCAUCGCCAAGCUCGAGUCUUUGAUGAUCAAUUUGCAGAGCAUACCUGAUCAGGUUGAUGAAGCUGCUGGGGCUUUGUACGAGAGCAACUGGGACAAAGCGGCAUAUCACCUCAAGCAGACACAGAAGCAUGCUGCGCAGGCUGUGAACUUGGUUGCUACUCCAUGGGCUGGCGCUGAAAGCGCAGACGGCGAGCAGCAAUCAAGUGACAAGUUUACCGUUUGGUCGAAGACCUGGCUCAAGGUCAUGGAUGAAGUCAGCAAGCCCAUCGACGCUGCUGCGAGCGGAUAG